UGCACGAUUAGUAGGUCACACAAGUUCAGUAGUCAUGGUCAAGUUUAGUGUAUUUAUUUUCUCAAGAGGGCUCUUAUCUUGCAAGCCGAAAAUAUGAUCACAGUGAAAUCAUGAGGGGAGGUUAUAGCAAAGGGCAGCAGAAGUUCAGCGGCCAUCACUUUGAGUGUGGCCCUGUUGUGACCACAUUUUUACAUCUAGCCUUAUGACCUCAUACUGCCUGUUAAUCACAUUUCCAAAUAUUUGACACAAAAGAAACAACAAUAGCAAAGAAAAGAAAUAGAAAGUGGAAAAGUAUACUUCAUAUUACAGUUAUGUUUGUAACAUGAAGACCGUCCUAUAAGUGACAUUUCACAUAACACACCGCAAAAAGACAAAGGCACUUUCAGCUAAGGGCAUAAACUUGAAUUAUUACUGCUAAAAAUAUCUAUGAUACAAAACUGGUAACGUUUUCCAUGAAUGCAAGCAUUUUAUGUUGUAUAGAUCUGUGAUUGGUGUAAAGAUGUAAGAGUUCUAAUGUAAUAGCUAUUCCUUUCCUAAAUGUUUUCAUUAAAGCAAUUGUGGUGUAUUACCAAUACUUAAUAAUUUGAUAAAACAAGUCACGAUUUAGUAAUAAGAGUUAAAGCAGUCUAGAGUUUUAGUGUGAGAAACUUUCAGCCAAUCAGAUUCUUGGGGACCUCCUCACUCCCAAAACACAUACAUAUAAAUUCUCCAUCGAUUUGAAGACAUCGCUUUCUUUCAGAAAAACACUAAAAUGCUAGACUCACUAACAUUCCUUUUUGAGAAAUUCUUGCUUUUCUCAAAUUUUAAACUUUUUCAAACUAUAUGGCAGCUGGAGGAGAAGAGUCCAGUGAGAUGCUCUGUGUUUAGGAGAGGAGAUCUGCUGGAGGUUCCGCGCACUCUCUUCACUCAUUACGGCAUCUAUCUGGGCGAGAACAGAGUGGCGCACCUGAUGCCCGACAUCAUGCCUGUAUUAACCAACAACAAACAGCUCAUUAAACCAGUCGUCACCAACAAAAGACUCAUUUUAGGAUGCAUUUACAAAAUCGCGAGUGUACGUGUUGAUUCGGUUGAAGAUUUCGCAUACGGUGCUCAGAUUCUGGUGAAUGAUAUGGAUAUGCAGAUAAAGUGUCUGGCUCUGGCGAACGAGGACGUGGCGAGAAGAGCCGAGAAACUGAUCGGUUCGAUCCGGUACAGUUUAUUAUGGAAUAACUGCGAACAUUUUGUGACGUACUGCAGGUAUGGGACACCUGUGAGCCGGCAGACAGAGAGGUUCUGCAGCUGUCUAAAAUCCAUCAUCCGAGACCAGAGAAGUGUGGCCAUAACUGUUCUGUUGGGAAUGAUGUACACCAUCUGCUUUGGACUGGCACCUUCAACUACACUACCCACAAUCCUUAUUCUUUUCACUAUGUGGAUGGCAGGCUGAGAGAACAUACCAGAACACAGCCUGUGCUUGGGACAUUUACACAAUAAUACAUGAAUACAUGUAUAUCUAAUCCACUAUAAAUUCUGAUCAAUGUUUGAUUACGGUUUGCAUUUUGCGAAUAUAGACGAUUUCAUCUUAACAACAUAAACAAAUGUAGCUGCGCAUGCGCACUUUUGUGACCCCCAACUGAACUUCCGGUACAUUUAAAAAAUCCAAAGAAUCCGAGAAGAACUGUUUCUUGGCUAACUUGUCUCUCCAAUAUUCUUAAUUUAGACUCCGAUCCCAAACCCAGCCGCUAGAUGUUAACGUAACUUACCAUACGGUUUGUUUAAAUGUGACCGAAAUAAAGAACCCAUUAAACAAAUAGUUAUUUAAUCAAAUGAACAUACAGCAAAAUUGAACCAAUCGUUUAUAGUUAUCGUUACAUAAAGUAAAAUAAUAAUACAAAUUAAUAGUUACAUAAAUUAAAAUAAAUAUAAAUAGUUAGACAUAAGCCAAACCGAAAGUUAACUGGGGGUCAGGCGUGCGCACGUCCGAUGAAACGGUCUUUAGUUGUAAAUUAUAAUUUAAUAUAAUAUUUAUGGAGAAUAAUUCUCUAUAUAGUUUCUUUAUUAACUGUAGAGUAUUUACAGCCGUGCUGUAUGUUUUUCAAUUUAAAUUACAUACCGAUCAUUUAUAGAGACAUUAUUGUGAUGCAUAAAGUAGAUUACAGAAUACAUUAAUUUCAUGAAAGUGUUUUUAAUAUUAUGAAUUUCACAAUAUUUUGAUGUAAAAUCUCUAACAGCAUUUCUAAGAGUAUGUACAGUAAAUAUUAUUAAGUAAAGUUACUUUAACAUUCUUCUGUCUUUAAUCAGAAUAAUUUUGAGGAAAAUCAAGAUUUAGAUGAUUUUUUACAGAAAUGACUGGUAAAUACUAUAAUCAUUUUAGCUUUCCGCUGUAAACAACUGAU